AUGGGUGCGCUUGACCGUCCAGACUUCGGCUUCCUACCUCCGGUGGGAGGUGAGGCCACACCCAUCAAGCAAGAGACAUUCUGGCGCAAGCCUUCGAAAUGGCAGAUCUGCAUGCCACGGUUACGAUUCAUCGCCAAAGUCGUCGGUUCGCUCAUACUCGUGGCUAUGGGCCUGCGAAUACUCAGUCAAGGUCCACCACAACCACGAGACAAUUCAGCCAUUCGACCAGCACAGCCGCCCGAUAACCCCGAGGACAACUUCAGAGAACCAACAGAAGCAGAAAUGAUUGAGCGGUCGAAACAGGAGGACUGGAUCUGGAAGAACUUUGAUCGCCACUUCGGUCUCACGCGAGGGCUUCGUCACCUUACCUGCAGUACAACAUCAGAUCCAAACUGCAAGGAUGACACUCCGCAACUCGUUCGAUACGACGGCUAUAAGCAUCUGCAAGAAAAUGUUACUGACAUUGUCUCGUGCGUCGGCCCUCGAGGCAUUCCGAUCAACGAGAGCAACGACGAUGCCAUCUGGGCUUAUGCUGGGGUAGCGCAAGGCGCUGUCGACCCCACGAUAGGAUCUUACAAAGCUGCUGGUCUGGAUGGUGACGUUUCAUUCGACAGAAUAGGUCGAUUUCAGGCAUACGGUCUGUCGCAAUUUGACGCCGCCGACCAUGAAGAGUUCAGAGACAACGCAGAUGUGGAAUGGGACAAGGUUGAAUGGGGCAACUUGCAGGAUGCGUGUGUGCGCGCCAACAAGAGACGUUUCAAGCCUAUGAAAGAGCGCAAGGACAGCUCAAUCCAGUACUCGAACAUUCGACAAACCACGCCAGAGAGCGAUGUGCAACAAGUCCCGGCCGACUUCAAGGACCCUGGCCUCGAGAACAAAGUCAAGCGAACAGCAAUCCUCAUUCGUAUCUGGACCGGAGCAAAGUGGACCGCCGAUGCUGUCAUGAACAUCCGAGCGAUGAUAGCCGAAGCCUCUCUGGCCAGUGGAGGCAAAUACCAGGUCUUCAUUCUUCUGCAUGUCAAAGAUGAGAAGGUGCCGCUGUUCGUCGGAGAAGACCAGCCUGAAGCCACCAUCAAGAAACACGUCCCUCCAGAAUUUCACUCGAUCACCGAAGUCUGGAACCACGCACAGAUAAGAUCGCUGUAUUCCAACAUCGCCGAGCACGCUUUUGUCGGUCGGUCUCCGUGGAUGAUUAUCCAGUGGUUCGCUCGCAACCAUCCCGAGUUCGACUUCUUCUACCAAUGGGAAUUCGACGUCCGAUACACGGGCCACUAUCUGGACUUCUUCGAAGGAGUCUCGAACUUCGGCAGACAGCAGCCUCGCAAGGGUAUCUGGGAGAGAUCUGGCCGCGUCUACAUUCCUUCUGUCCACGGAGACUACGACACGGACUUCCGAGUUUCCACCAAGCACGAAGACCCUCACCACGUUUGGGGACCGGUGCCAGUAGAGGGUGUCAGACCUCGAGGACCCAAGCCGCCUCACAAGGAGAUCGAGGACGAUUAUGACUGGGGUGUUGGUGAGGAUGCGGACUGGAUCGGUUUCCUUCCGAGCUUCAACGUCACAGGCACUGGAUGGUGGUUCCGCAACUAUCUCUGGGGGUAUGCUCAGGGCAAGUCCACACCACGCAGAGCGACUUUGAUUGCACAAGGCCGAGUCAGUCGAAGAGUACUGGAGAUCAUGAACUAUGAGAAUGCAGAAAACGGGCACCACAUUGAUGCGGAGAUGUUUCCGCAGACCAUGUGUCUGCAUCACGGCCUCAAAUCAACCACAUACCCGCAUCCAGUCUUCGCUGACCGCCACUGGCCUGCGGAUGCACUACAGUCAACAUUCAACGGAGGUCCAUUUGGUCAAGCAGGAGGCCACUGGAACAGCACGUUCAGCAAAUGGAACGAGUACGCAUGGACCAACAUGACGUGGUACUACAGCUCCGCCCAAGCGAUGCCUAUCUUCCAGCGAAUGCUAGGCAUAUCAGCACAAGAGACGGGUGGCUCCGAAUGGGAAGACAUGUACGGGAGAACAAUUGUUCGACCGAUGCUGUUACAUCCAGUGAAAGGAGCGAAAGCCUGGCAAUGGUUCGAAAAGGGCUGGCACCAGACGAAAGAUGGAAAAUGA